UCCAAUCGAAAACAAGUCCCGAUUCCAGAGGAAUCGGAAUAAGGCAUUUGCCAAAUAUUUUUCCUGGCUUCUGACUAUGUGCUGUGCGUUUUAAGGGCUGGAAAGUGUUUUUAGCGUAGCGAAUUGUGUGAUAUUCUUAUUACAAUGUCUUGAAUUUUAAAAUGUGAAGCUUAUUUAUCUUGUCAGACUGUUUUUAACAGUCCUCGUUCGAGCUGCUUAUCGACAGUUUCACACCUAAAGCCAGGGGUAGGCUCGAAGUUUUUGAGAAGCCUAGCUAACUUUACUUUUCAAUGUGGAUUAUGUUGAGAUGAUUAACUUUUGAGCAUACACACGUUGUACAGCCUUAAUGGCUUCAGGUUAAAAGAAAGGAUGUCCAAUCUUGCUGGAAACUACAAGAUAAGUGCAGGGGAGGUGCAAGGAGGAGUUGACAUCGUUCGAGAACAAGAACGUCGGGCGCGGCUCCAGCUUCUCGAUGAAAUUCGUGAGCCUUCUCCGCAACCAAUCUUUGGGGAACCAGUUAAGGUUGAACUGGAAGAUGAGACAUCCCGUCGCAUUAAAAAUACAUUGGGCGACUUCACUCAAGUGCUCAUAAAUGACGCAAAAAAUCUCAUUGGCAUCUCAAGACCUAAUUCAUUAAAUAGCUACGGCUCUGCCCCUCCACCCAGAGCUCAACAAGCUGCCAAAAAGCCACCCGUAGUCAAUGGUAUGCACAAGCCAUCACAAAUGGCUCCUCCGAAAAUGGGACCCGACAAAAGGGCUCCAUACCAGAAAUCUGUUCGGCAGGAGCCCCCUCCAGCAUCCAAGCCAUAUUACCCAGCUUCUUGUCCUCCCCCGGGGCAGGCUCCUUAUGGGAUAGACAACAGCCGAUCCCGGGAUCCAGCCACUUGGGACAGCAACAGCAAGGAUCCCAAACGAUCUACCAACCCUGUUAACAUCAAUGUAAGCAGUGGGAGUGGGAGCAAUGUUGCUACCACGUCAAACCUCUGCAACUCGACAGGAGUGGUCAGUUCUUAUGGAAAACCUACGACGAGUAUGCCUUCCAUUCAAAAUGGACUGCCGUCUACCGUGCCCAAAUACGGAGAAACAAGCAGUGCUCCACCGCCCAAGCGGCCUAUUCUCCGGCCAUGCAUGUUCAACUAUCCAGAUCGGAAAACCGAAAAGCCAAUUGAGCAUAUGGAAGUCGAAACCAUCCUGAGGGAGAUGCAACAGGCCGUGCCUCCCCCUCUUACAGCCAUCCAGACUCCGAGGACUGAGGAGAGUGGGUUUGCUUUCUUCCGUGCCGAUUCCAAAGAGGUCAGUGUAAAUAUUAUUCGAUUCUUUCAGGUGAAUAACAGCACGUUAGAGUAGACUUUAGGUCGUGUAGAAUAAACUGAGAACGGGAAAUACGUGUAGGAGGACAAGAUCCCGGUUAAAGCAUCAAAUGUACGAAAUUGAAAGAGCAGAUAUAAAGAUGGAGAUCAAAACCCCUCUGAAAUGACUACUAGAGUAACCAAUGUAGAAAAAGAGAAUUAAACCAGGAAAUUUACUUUUUUGAAUGAUAAGACUGAUGAAUUAAAUCGCAAUGUUUUUUCGGUUCAAACUUGCUAAGUUAGUGUCUAAAGAUUUCCUUUAUCCAAA